AUGUCUGGCGCAAGGCAUUGGGAACAAGACAAGGAGGCGACUGUUUAUAUCGGAAACUUAGAUGAACGUGCAUCGGAUAGCCUAGUAUGGGAGCUCAUGCUCCAGGCUGGUCGUAUCGUCAACGUCCAUCUGCCUAAAGAUCGUGUCACGCAAUCGCAUCAAGGCUACGGCUUCGUGGAAUUCAUUAGUGAGGAGGAUGCAGAAUACGCUUCAAGGGUCAUGAACGGGAUUCGUCUUUUUGGAAAACCUAUUCGCGUGAACAAGGCCUCGGCCGACAAACAAAAGUCCGUGGAGAUUGGUGCAGAGCUCUUCGUUGGCAAUCUCGAUCCCAUGGUCGCCGAGCAAGUUCUCUACGAUACAUUCAGUCGCUUUGGCAAUCUCAUCAGCCUUCCUAAGAUCGCUCGCGACGAUAACAAUUUGUCCAAGGGCUAUGGAUUUGUCUCAUUCGCCGAUUUCGAGUCUUCCGAUGCGGCAAUCACCAAUAUGAACGGACAGUAUUUGAUGAACAAGCAAGUCUCGGUACAAUAUGCCUACAAAAAGGAUGGUAAAGGAGAGCGACAUGGUGACGAAGCAGAACGAAUGUUGGCGGCACAAGCACGGAAGCACAAUGUUCGGCCGCCAACUCAACAGCCAUCUACCCCGAUUUCUGGAGCUGGCACAGGUCCCAAUGUGACUCCUGCAAUCCCCAAUGGAGAUGGUUCUCGUCCAGUGAGCACCGCUCCCCAGACAUCAGAAAUGGCCAUUGGUCGAGGCAUGCCUCCCGUUGGUUACCCCAACGCUCCUCCGCAGCCCCGAGCUGCCCCCAGUGCUCCAUCCCUCACCACCCCACCGCCUGGAUUGCCUGCUCGCCCACCUCCAUCUCAGGCUGGGUACGGAGGGCCCCAUUCCUUUGUUCCUCCUGGAUUCGGUGGUGCCGGCCAGCAGCAAGCAUACCCCCCACAAGGCGUACCGCCGCCCGGCUUUGCUCCGCCUGGGUUUGGGCCACCAAGCGGCGCUCCAGGCGCUCCGCCUCCACUACCACCAGGUUUCCAGCCACCUGGAUAUGGAGGAGGUCGAUGA